AUGCCCAGCCCGUCCAAAAAGAGGAAGCUCAACGACCAGUCUUCAUCCGCAGUACCCUCGAGGGGAUUGGAGUACUUUUUCUCCAAGCAGAGGCAGAAUGGCAGUUUAACGCCAAAGGACACGCCAAAAGAGCCACUCGAUAACACGGCGGGCGCUGAUGCGGCCAACAACGGACAUUCGGAACUGACGGAUGAGGAGCUUGCGAGGAAACUCCAGGCCGAGUGGGAUGCCGAAGUGCAGAAUGAGAGAGCAGCCUCAACGCCAUGUCCAGAGCCCGAGAACGAGACGGCGCCCCAGGAAGCUUCCGUUCCAGUUGACCCGCCAAAACCAACAGUUGUCCUUCCGCAAGCACCCAAGAAGAACACCCUGUCACUGUCAUCCGUAGCCAACGCCGAAGACACCGCUUCAUCGACGAUACCACUGGACCAAAGCCCAUUGACGUUUGACCCGUCAGAAUUCGUGCCUCUGCUCCAAGAGCAGUGGGCUUCAGAAGGGGGUCAUGCCUCGUACGCAUUUCUGACAAGAUGUUUCGUCCUGGUGAACGGCACGCAGAGUCGAAUCAAGAUCGUGGACACACUGGUCAACUGCAUCAGGGUCCUAAUCGACGCCGAUCCGGAGAGUCUGCUCCCGGCCGUCUGGCUUGCGACUAACGCAAUAUCACCUCCUUACAUCUCCUUGGAACUUGGUCUCGGUGGGUCAGCGAUAUCGAAGGCGCUCAAGCAGGUUUGCGGGUUGGAUUCUCGUGCUCUCAAGGCGAUCUACGAUAAGCACGGCGACGCGGGUGAUGUGGCUUUCGAAGCGAAGAAGAAGCAAAGUUUCACCUUGCGCAAGCCCAAGCCGUUGACCAUCCAGGCUGUCUACCAGUCUUUAGUGAAGAUCGCGAACAGUCAAGGCCAGGGCAGCGGCGAAGCCAAGCAGAGGAUCGUUGAUCGGUUACUUCAGGAUGCCAGAGGUGGCGAGGAAAGCAGGUACAUUGUACGGACGCUUUGCCAACAUCUGCGCAUUGGUGCUGUGAAAACGACCAUGCUGAUUGCUCUCUCUCGAGCAUUUCUAUUGUCGCGUCCUGCAGGGGCCGAGUUUCCCUUACGGUCUACGAAAGACCUGCAGAAGCUCAAGAAGGAUGAGCUGGCCGAGGUGUGGAGCAAAGCCGAAGAAGUCGUCAAGGCAUGCUUCGCCCGACGGCCCAACUACAACGACCUUGUCCCGGUAUUGUUGGAGAUUGGCGUCUGCGAUGAACUCCUCCUCCGUUGCGGCCUCACUUUGCACAUACCCCUCAGACCCAUGCUGGGCAGCAUCACAAGGGACCUCUCUGAGAUGCUUACCAAGCUUCAGGGCAGAGACUUUGCCUGCGAGUUCAAGUACGACGGCCAACGUGCGCAGAUCCACUGCGACGAAAAAGGCAAAGUUACCAUCUUCUCGAGGCAUCUGGAGCUCAUGACGGACAAAUAUCCGGACCUGGUCGCCUUGAUGCCAAAGAUUCGUGCUGAAGGCGUGGACAGCUUCAUCAUGGAGGGUGAGGUCGUCGCGGUGGACAGAGAGUCUGGAGAGCUGAAAAACUUCCAAACUCUGACCAACCGCGCGAGGAAAGACGUGGCCAUUGGAAGCAUUCAGGUAGACGUCUGCAUGUUCGCGUUUGACCUGAUGUUCCUGAACGGGCAGCCGUUAUUGGAUAGACCGUUCCGAGAGAGGAGGGAGCUGCUACGGUCCAUGUUCAUCGAGGUGCCUCACCAAUUUACCUGGGUCAAGAAUCUUGACGCAACGUCGCAAGACUCGGACGCCGUGUUGGACUUUUUCAAGCAAGCUACAGACAUCAAAUGCGAAGGCAUCAUGGUCAAGAUCCUCGACAACCUGACAGACAUACCAUACCAAGGCGACGACACGACCGAGGCCGAUGGAGAAACCGUCGAAGAGCCAAAAACACCGUCGAAAACAAAAAGAGGAAAAGCCAAUAAGGACGAAGAAGCCCCUAAAAAGAAAGGCCGCCGCAAACCCCUCCUCGCAACAUACGAACCCGACAAACGCCUCGACUCCUGGCUCAAGGUCAAGAAGGACUACAGCUCGAGCUUCGACACCCUCGACAUGAUCCCCGUGGCGGGCUGGCACGGACAGGGCCGCAAGGCGAAGUGGUGGUCGCCCAUCCUCAUGGCCGUACGCAACGAGGACACGGGUUCCCUCGAGGUGGUCUGCAAGUGCAUGUCGGGCUUCACCGACGCCUUCUACAAGGCCAACAGGGAGUUCUACGACGACGGCGAGGACACGGGCGAGCGGAAGAACACGCGCGCCCGGAAGCCCGCCUUCGUGGAGUACUCCGGCCCCGAGCCCGACGUGUGGUUCGAGCCGCAGGAGGUGUGGGAGAUGGCGUUCGCGGACGUGACGCUGAGCCCGACGUACACGGCGGCCAUCGGGCUGGUGAGCGAGGAGCGCGGGUUGAGCCUGCGAUUUCCGAGGUUUUUGAAGAAGCGCGAGGAUAAGGGGCUCGAUGAGGCGAGUACGAAUGAGUUCCUCGCCGGGCUGUGGAGGAAGCAGGAGGCCAAGGCGCCCGCGAAGGAGGUUGCUGGUGAUGAGGUUGAGGAGUGA